CGUCUGUUGUGUGUCAUAGAAGUCACUGCUCCGACACUUACAUACCCUCCUCAAUAACAUGCCUAGCCCGUCUCAUACUGCAAACCUCCCACGCGUAAAUUGAACACUGCACGUGAAACUGCAGUUGUGUCGUGUUUCAUCUCAACCGUGACUAACGUGUCUACAUAGCGAAUACAAAAUGUCUUAUAUUCUCCACUCACCAGUACAAACGGGCAAAAUUCUCUUUCCGUCGAUCAUGUGAUCACGAAAAAAAAAACUCUUGAGAAAGAAAAAGUAAAUCUUUCCUUGCUGGCUUUCUGCGUCUUACUGAUACAGAGAACUAGACAAAGAGACGCAGAUAUAGUGUACGUUCGUUGGACGCUGUGUGUCUCCCUACUCUAGCUCUGAGAUCUGGUCCCUGAACGUUGCUUCUACGCUACCAAGUUGGUGACAGAAGACUAUUGUGAUGUGAAAGACAUUGCUAUAUCUUAUUGACAAUAAUCGGUUUAGCGACAUUUUCGGUAACCUUUAUACUUGUAACAUCGGGGAUGCGAGAUUCAGUGCUGUUUCUUUGUGUAUUGUGUUUAACGGUAUCCCAGAUCUUGGGAGUGUUUCGGUGUCCUCCCUGCAAUAAAAGCCCCCGAUGUCCCCACCUCCCGGAGGGAUGUGAGAGGGUGACCCUACCUUGCCGAUGUUGUGAGGAGUGUGCCAGGCGGAUUGGGCAGACUUGCUCUGCCUAUAGUCCAAGAUGUGCCGCGGGACUAAUGUGCAUGAACAGGCGAGGAGAGGCUCUGGAGCGGGUCCCCCGGAUCAUGAAAACCUACCACGGGAUCUGCCAGAAUGUAGUGGUACAACCCGUCGUCAUGGAAAACACGGACAUCGAGGAGAGAAGGAUAGGAUCGAAACACUACAAGCAUAGAGUGUGAAUCCUCGCCGCCAUCUUUGUUUCACGUGAAUCCUUGCCGCCAUAGUAACUUCACGUAGACUCUUCAUAAAACAGCAUUUGUUUCACCUGCUCGUUAAUUGAUUGUUAGUUACACAACCCAGUGUUCCACACCAAUUACAUAUUUCCCAUACUCUUUAGUGACAACACAUUGUACAAAGAAUAACACAUAACAUUUUUAACUGAAACUAUCCUCUUCUGGUUACCGUACUGUCGUGAAAUUCAGAAGGCUUAUUUCAAUUAACGCAGUUUUAUCCUCCUGUAAAUAAAUCAUUAAAAACAACAAAUAUAUUACUUUAAAAUGCAUGAAAUCAAAUCUGUAUACAAGGUUUGGGUUAACUGCUUCAUGUCUUCGUUAGCCUGUUUGACACACGACCGUACAAGUCGUUCCGGUACUUUAUUUCACCCGCCUAUUAUCUUAUUUACGUCCUAAUACCUUGGUGUUAUGAGGUUAAUCUCAAUGUAAGUUGGGGAGAAGAAGAUAUUCCUAAAACUACUGAAACCAGUUAGUUUAAGAAACUUUCGCAGGUUUAAAAGUUGACCUGGACCAGUUCAUUCCUCUUGGAACUGUGUAUGUACACACGAUUUCUAUAACUUGCAGAGACAGAAAGUUCGUUAUCAUGAAUUCACUAGAAGACGGUAUAGUAGAGCUUGCUUCGUGUUAUUUUAUAUUCACACUUGUACACACUUUUGUACAUCAGAACUGUAGUCAACAUGAGUUAAUGGUCAGUUUGUUGUAAUACAUGCAUUGUAUCGGAGCCGUAGUGUAUUGCACGCUAAAGUUCACGUUGCUGUAAUAAAUACUGUUAUCAUUCCAAUAAUCAA